ACUGAACUAGCUAUCUCGGUUCUACAUAGUCGGGUUGACUCCUCACGCUAUGUUUCUUGCACCAGCAUCAACGAGGUUCAGACGAACUGCGUACCCCCACAAUCGGCUAGACUGACAGACGGGAUGCAGUAGCGCUCGACCAAUCUCAUCUCUACCUCUUCGCACAUGCGCAUCUUGCAUAUGUCGCCGUUGACGAUCAACAGGCACGUUUUUCCACACUUACAAUGCACCUCCUGCGAUUGGCCAUAGCUACUGUCAGUAUCGUGCUGAAUGCGCGAUGCGGUAAUGUUGGCGGCCUGCUUGUUGCAAAGAGGGUAGAGUCGUGCAUGGAGGACGGCAUGUCGAAGUAUGUAUAGAAGUAUUUAAGCUUUCCAGUCUCAAGACUUUGGAGGGUCGGAAGAGAACUACUGAAGCUUCUUCAGCCUUCACGAUGCUUUCAAUUCUUCUGGCAGCGGCGCCUCUAGCCUCGCUCGUGUGUGCAUCCUUCGACGACAACCUGAACUACCACUCGCCUUCUCGCCGGCAUGAAGGUCUUGGCAUAGAUGUGCCCAAGGUCGCAAAGAGGAGCCUUGUGAAACGGGCAACUCCUUGGGAUCCUGCCCAGCUGAGCUUCACGCACGGCGUCGCUUCUGGAGAUCCCUACCCAGACUCGGUCAUUCUCUGGACACGCAUCGCACCAUCACUCGAGAACGAUCGGUCGAAUGUAACCGUCACGGGUAAUGUAGCGUUCUACAACCACGAGACGGAGAAGUACAUCAAGGCCUCGCCAAACCCUAUUUGCGUGGAUUACCGCGUUGGUACGGAUAGCAAUUUCUCAAGCAUCGCGGAUCAAGGCCAGGCAUACACCACUUCCGACAUCGACUUCACUGUCAAGAUUGAAGCGAAGAAUCUUUCUCCCUUCACGCAGUACUACUACCAGUUCAAUGUUUGUGGCAGCUCGAACAAGAGUCCGCUGGGCAGAACUAAGACUAGUCCUCACGAGGACGACGAUGUUUCCAAGAUCGGCCUUGCUAUCUUCUCUUGCUCUAACUGGCAGAACGGAUACUUCAAUGCGUACGGGAACGCGGCCAGGAAGGACCAGGUAGAUUACUUUGUUCAUCUUGGUGACUACAUCUAUGAGUCCACCAAAGGCAAACUCGGUCAGGAUCCGCGAGCUACGAACCCGUCAAGAGAGAUUGUCACACUAUAUGACUACCGAACAAGAAUCGGCCAGUACCGUACCGACGACGACUUGCUUCUUGCACACCAAAACUUUGCAUGGAUUCCAACAUGGGAUGAUCAUGAGGUCGCAAACAAUGGAUAUCGCGAUGGUUUCAGCAACAUGAACAACACCGAGCAGAGCUUCCGAAAGUUCGGAGGCGUUAGUGUCGACUCAAGGAAGAUGAAUGCGGUCAGAGCAUACUUCGAGUGGAUGCCUAUUCGCCAGGUUGACAUGGACGACAACCUGCGCAUCUGGCGUAAUUUCAAGAUGGGUAAACUUUUUGACCUGAUCAUGCUCGACACGCGCAACUACGACAGAUCCAUCACGACUCUUAAUUGGAACGACGACUACGUUGCGGAUCUCAAAGAUGAUGCUGGCCGCUCGCUAAUGGGUAGCCUCCAAGAAAACUGGUUCUACAACCAGCUUUCCAAAUCGCAUGAGCGAGGGGCUACUUGGAGAAUCAUCGGAAACCAAAUCAUCUUCUCUCGGAUGAACAAUAGCGCUGUGUACGACGAAGAGCUGAACGCUGAUCAGUGGGACGGAUACACUGCGAACCGCAACCGUACCCUUCAUCAUCUUUACAGCAACGAGAUUCCGAACACCGCCUUCCUGGCUGGUGAUUCUCAUGCUAACUGGGUGUCUGAUCUUGUUUGGCUUGACGAGACUCCGUACGACCAAUCUACAGGUGCUGGCGCUAUCGGCGUCGAAUUUGCCGGCACGGCCGUCUCCUCCAGUGGUUAUGGUGCUGGAAGAUCUAUUGCAAACUCGAGCGAUCGUUCUGCAGCCCUCGUACGCGACAACCGCGAGCUGCAGUGGACCGAGGGUUACUACAGAGGAUACUACGAGCUAUUCAUCUCACCUGAGGAGCUCAACGCACAGUACUAUGGCUCUCCAUCUGUGGCAUCUCGAAAUCCUUUCGACAUUAGCCUGGCAAACUUCACGGUCAAAGCCGGUGCUAACCACCUGGAAAGGACCAACGGAACUGUCGUCGCUACUGGCGGUCAUGUUGAGAGUGGCGCGCUUCAACGUGGAGCCACCACCCCAACAAAUUUGACGCUCAACACCCUCACUGGGACGUGGAAUGUCACUGGCUUCGAACAGAUGUUCGUUACAUACGCGACCGCACUCCCUGCUGAACUCAUCAUAUCAACCAGAAAACCGUCGCAAGUAGUCACAUUCAGCGGAAUUGAGAAGAACCUGCAGAUCAACGACGCCGCACCUCAGCCUACGCUUCACGAUGAACAGAUUCUCAUUCAAGUUCACGCCAUGGCGAUCAAUCCCGUCGACCAUAAGGUGACUGAAGGCCCGAUGCCACUGCGACUUGUAGGCUCUGACAUCACCCCGGGUGCGGACUUUUGCGGCAAAGUCGCCAAAGUUGGAAAGAAGGUCGACGAGUUCCAGAUCGACGAGUUUGUGUUUGGCGCAAAAGUCGGUGCGCUGACGGGAGGAAGUUUGGCGCAAUAUGUGGCUGUGGAGAGAAAUAUGUUGGCGACACUACCAGAGGGCGUGAAGGUCGAGGAUGCAGCUGGUGUGGGAAUCGUGGGGUUGACCGAAUAUCAAGCCAUCGCGCCAAACGUCAAGAGCGGCGACAAAGUCUUCAUCAACGGCGGCUCGGGCGGCACCGGUGUGUAUGGCAUCCAGAUCGCAAAAGCGCUUGGAUGUCACGUUACCACGACGUGCUCAACACCCAACGUUGACCUCUGCAAAAGUCUGGGCGCAGACGAAGUCAUCGAUUACAAAACCUCUGAUGUUAUUGAUACUCUUUCUUCCAAGGGUCAGGUUUUUAGCCUCGUCGUGGAUAACAUCGGCACGCCACCUAACCUCUACAAAGCCGCAUCUUCCUUUCUCACACCAGCCGGGAAGUUCAUCCAGAUCGGAUCAACGUUGAGCAUGAAUAGCAUAAAGACAGUGGGUUCGAAUAUGCUGCUACCAGGUUUUCUGGGCGGUGGAAAGAAUAGCUAUCAGAUGCUGAUGGCGAAGCCGUCGGCGGAUGCGCUGAGGCAGCUUGGCGAGUGGAUGAAGGAGGAUAAGCUGAGGGGCAUUGUUGAUACAGUAUUUGAUUGGGAAGAUGCGCCGAAAGCCUUUGAGAAGUUGAAGACGGGGAGGGCGAGGGGUAAGAUUGUUGUCAAGGUGCCGCAAGACAAAGCUAAAGAGAAGGCUGAGGUCGGAGAUGCUUGAAGAGGUACAGAUGAGUCUUGACUAGCAUAUAUCUUAUCCGUUCAAUCGCUUUUGCUUUUGCAGCUCUCC